AUGACAUCAACGAAUGCCUAUUUAAGAAAUUUUACUAAAAUGUAUAUAGCUCGUCGUACAAUUGUGGUAAUUGUAGCUGUUUGGAUUGUCUUACCUAUACAUAAUCUUAUUUUUAAUACGGCAAAUUUAAAUCCAAAUGACUUCUCUCAUAAUAUUCCUGUGUUGUACUAUCAUAGUAUAUUUUCAGUUACUAUUGGAUGUAUUCUUCCAGCAUCAAUUAUGAUUACUUGUGCAUUUUUAACAUAUCACAAUCUCGUUCUUAAACAAAAACGUCGUCAGCUUAUGAUUCCUCAACAAAGAGGAACCAACAAUGAUGUAUGCAAUCGAGAACGAAAACGUGAUCGUCAAGUAUUACUUUUAUUAAUUGUUCAAGUAGUUGUAUUUCUUAUUACAAUUAUACCAUGGAUGUGUUAUCAGUUUUAUAGCGCUCUUACGCUUAAUAGUACAAAUCAUCGAAUAGUAGGUGAGAAUUCAUCAUCGACAACAACAAAUAAUACAGGUCCUUAUGUUCAUCGUCGAUCUGGUGCUGAUAUCAAUGAAUCAAAUACACCAGCACCAUCAACACUUGUCACUGUAACAAGUUCUGUUUCUCCACCAACAACAAACGUAACAGUAACAGCAAUAACAAACAAAUCAGAUGAUUCAACUAGUGGUAGUAAACGACGACCAAAUGUUACAUCAACAUGUGAUGAAGAAGUUGAAGGACAACGUAAAUAUCGUUCAGCUCAAGCACGAAGAGAACGACGAUCAACACAAUGUGUUAUUGUUGAAGAUAUUAACGAAGUUGAACAACAAAUUAAAAAUCGUUCAAAUGAUCUAUCAUCAUCAAUACCAACGUUUCCACAACCAUUAAUAAAUACAAAUGAAUUAUCAAAUAAUAAAAUAGGUGCACCAUUAACUACUACUGAACAUGAUAUUGAAAUUGAACGUUCACAACGUCUUAUUAAAAAGAAAAGAGAUAAAGCUCUUAGAGCAAAAACAAAAGAAGUUGAAAUUUAUGAUGAUUCAAUAUCAAAAACAUCGAAUGAAGAAUCUCAAGAUCAAAAUUCUCAACAAUCUUCAGCAAUUGGUUCACGUGGUCUUAUAUCUUGA